UAAAUUUACUAUGCUAGUAUUAAAAUGCUUGUGCUACUUACAUGUGAUUUAGAUUUCUCCAUAAAUCUGGUUCUUAUAGCUAGUUUCACACUGUUGUAGUUGUCUACUUGUCUAUAAUGGAAUAAGAGAAGUUUUGGUGUUCAGGGUGAUGCCAAGUAUUUUGUGAUUAAAAGUGCGAGUUAAAUUUAGCGGCUGAUUUUUUUUAUUUCACUACAGAUAACCACAGCUAUGAAUAGUGGAGCUAUUGGAAACUGGAAACAAAACCGUUUGCAUGGAUAAUUUGGAAUAUGAUUACACACUAGGCAUUAGCUGAAAACAUAUAGUCAUGCUGAAAGUAGAAGAUUCUACUUCAUGGCGUAACCUCAGCUUUACUGCUCUGUAGCACAUAUGUCACAUUGAUAUCAGCUAUCAAGAUGCUAAGUUGCUAGCAGGAUCAAUUACCACAACCAUCAAAGCUAGCAUCAAGUGGGGUGGCAUAUUAUAAAAGGUGAAAGGUUUUGUCACUAACCCUUACAUUUCUUUCUGCCAUUUGUGCAUGGGAGGAGGGCGCAGCAAUGGUAAUCAUGUUUCGUCUUUCUUACCAUUCAAGGAACUAUCAAUCUACUGAACUUUGUUGGCAAUAAGGAAGUGGAAGAAAAUGUUGUUAGCAUAAUAGAGUUACUAUUGUGUUGGUUACUUUGUUGUGCAAUAGCAUAUUUGUAUGUACUGACAAAUUUCAUUGCGAAAAUUCAAAUUCUAUUGCCAAAUAGUAGAUGUCUAGCACUCUUUAUGCACUUAUUUUCUGGGUAAAAUUUAAUUUUCAUUUUUUUGAAAAUUAUGAUUCUAUCUUGCAAUGCUUAUGUCUUGCUUACACUAACAUUUUGUAAACUUCAGUAGGUAGUAAUAUAAUUUUCAUCUGAUUUCAAUACUUAUUCUGGGAUGCUACAACACUGCAUUGUUUCAUUUCUAUCAUUAACCCUGUAAUUGUUUUUGUGUAGGUGGAAUUUAGGUAUAUAGCUGUUUCCUAGAGGGCAUGCUCUGGCUUUUAGUAUGGUAGUAUGUCUGAAUAUGUAGGCAAAAGUGUAUUAUUCCUAAAUCAGUAAAUCAUCGUACUAUUCUUAGAAGCAGUGGACCUUAGCAUGACGCAUUCAGGCAAGCAAGAAUAAGUGUCAUUCUAGAAUGUGUGCAACCAAACGAUUUCCCACUUUGACCAACAAUAUCCUUAUGAAUAUAUAGAUUUGCCUUAUGAAACUGAGAUGGGUAGAUUUGUCUCAAAAGCGCUAUCCUAAUACUGCAGUUUUAAUUGAUUUUACAAAUGUAUAUUACAAUAGAAACUGGUGGCCAUAGUUAUGUUUUGGAGAUGGUAUCAAUGCCCCAAACAGCGCUUAUUUGUGACUGGAGGGAAUAGUCAUCAGACAUUUCUUGGUAAAAGAGUUGAACCUAUCUCAGCUGCUCUUCUAGUACUGCAUUUGACCAAUGGUAAGAAUAAGUGGUUUAGAAAUCAUGUUAGAGUGAGAUGCGUCUUAUAAAGCAACAUUGUAUAUGCAUCUAGGAAGUUUUAUGCCUUAUCUUAUAAAACUGAAUAACUGACACAUGCACUUCCUUGUUCCUUCAUGUUUCUCUAUAACAAGCAACAAAUACUGUAUUCACCGAUUAAGUUUACAGUAAACCUGGGGAUCUGCCUUUGGUGAAAGGUGGUUUCUUGAUGGAACUGCUUUGUGAAUUACUGGAGAAGUGCUGCCAAUGAAGAAGUGAAAUCCAUUAAAUCUUAGAAUGACUUGAAAACUUGACAGCAGGAAGUGGAAGCGUGGAACCAAUUAAGAUACAUCUGGCCAAUUAGUGGUUUCUUCUCUUCAAGCUGUUAAUAAUUACACUAAGGCUGUAUAUUCGUAGCACACAUGACUUGAACCUGGUGAUGACUAUGCUGACUCUGGGUUGAGCGAAGUGUAUUCAAUACAAAUGGAAUAUGAGGAAGGUAUUUGCUGGAGGUUUUGCUACAUUGAUUUGCAAUUUUUUGCAUACGUAUUACUGUAUCAGUGCUCGUUUGUCCAAUCCUCUUUGAUAAUUUGACAAUGGCUGCCUGGUUAGAUUCAAGGGCAAGGGAGCAUCACGGUGUUUCUGGAUAUGCUAUGCUAUUGGGUAUUGAUAGUGACGAUGGUAAAAACUAUUCUAUACACUCAGGUUCAGGUUAUUUUGGGAGAAUUAGCUGCCUAACUUGCAGCAUCACUUCGUCGAAUCACUUCUUUCUUUUAUGUUCCUUUCUUGCCAUUUAUGAAUCAUUUAACUCUUCGAAAUAGUCAAGUAGAUGCACUAAAAACUAAUUAACUUUAUUCUUCUGAGAAACUUUCCUUCAAUAAUUAGUGCGACAUAUUUUCCUGGCAGUUAUGCUUGCAUACUACUCCCUGGCCUAAUCACACCUUGGCUGUGCCCUCACGCGAUCAGACAGGAUAGCAGAUAGCUAGAUGUCUUGUGCUAAUCUGGUGGAGAGAAAGGACCAGUCUAUGAAAGGAGUGUAGGUGUGAGGGUAAAAGGGUAACUGGUUUGUCAGAAGCACGCUUUUGUUGAGGCUUAGUUCAGUGAAUUAAGGCCAUCUCCAACAGCUACCUUAAAUCUUCAUCCUCAAAAUACUAUUACAGCAUCCCCUAUCACUAUUACAGCAUCCUUUAUCCCUAACACUGUAGCAGUACUGUAUCACUGGAUAGAGGAUCUGUUAGAGAUGGAUUUCUAGUGCUACAGUAUACCGCAAAAUACUGUAGCACUAGAAUCCUCAAAUUUGGAGACUCCGUUGGAGAUGAUCUAAGCCGUUUGUUUGUUAAUGCCAAGAGUAAAGUUGCAAACAAAAUGCACAAGAUACCAUUGAUGGGCUGAAGAAUGUUAAUUUGAUGAAAGAGUACAGCCGUUUAUACAUUUGAUUUGUUUCUAUUUCAUCAGUUUGAUCAGAUUUGCAAAAUAUGCAGUUAGCUUUUCCCGAAUGAACAUGCAGAUGGGCUUUUUUCAGUGAUUAUUGUGAAUGUAUACUUGAAAAUAUGGAUGGUCGGCUUGUCUGGUCUUUAGCUGUGUUUUCAUGUAGCAUGCAAGAUUUCUCCCUCUUUUUGGAAAUUGUUACUCAUAUUGAAUUUGUUUAUUUCUUUGACCUGUUAUUGCAUCAUAUCUGGCUUUUCCACACCAGAUUGUCAGCAAUGCUCAUUUGUUUCAUUCAUGCUCUUCGUAUAUCACUUCAUCACCUGAGAGCAUUCAAUGCUAUUAGUGGUGGCACUUGUUCCCUCCACCAGACCUGUCCACUGACUGUCCACUUGUUUAUCUGGUAAUACUGCAGCCAUAUGCAGGCCUUGGGGGCUAUGUUUUAGCACUGUUAAUACCUACUUUCUUGUGCUUGCCUUACUGUAAUGUGAAUUUUCGGAGCGCUAAUGGUCAUUCUGAUGACCAUUUUAUGCUGCGCCUUUCACGUUUGUUAGACACGGAGUGAUCUAUUUCUUUUUAUCCUUUGUUUUUCUUGUCCAGUGCAUUUGGGAGAAUCUGUUUGCUACUUUGCUUAUUCUCCUAGGGGGAAAAUAAACUGAUGGCCAUAUCAUAGUUGAUGAAUGAUGCUGCACCAUGUUAUUUCAUAAUACGCUAUAUACUGUUGCUAGCAGCUUAAAGCUAUGCUGCUACUAGUUGCCGGAAAUUUUGCACGCACCACCGCACCUUUUCCAUGAUUAUGUGGGCACUUGCAGAUAAUCAACUUCAUCGAUAUCUAUUCUAUGUACUGUCACUUCAUGUAGCAUCUGCUCCGCUAAUUCUGCGAUGGAUCAUUGGUGAUUUGGUGACCAGAUUACUGACUAAACUAUUGCUCUGCAUCUUUAUUUCAGCUGCCCCAGAUCUUGCGCUCUGAUGUCUACUAAGCAACAUGCAAGGGCAAGCGUCUCCCCCCAUGUGCGCCGGUGGCUGUGGCCAAUUCUGUGCGCUGUUCAGCUGACAACGAUGGUGCUGAUAGACAUUUGUGGGUUGUACACAAUUGGACAUUUUGGUGUAAGCUUAUCUGUGGGGCCAUUGCGGUUUCCUUGAGAUGUUUUUGCACGAUCGGCAUCCUCUGCAUUUGAGGAGUAAAUGCAGAGAGGCUACGGUAGAUUGCAUUAAGACAAAUGUACACCGUCCGAUCAAAAAAGGGAGAGCCCAGGUCGGAUACUACAGUAACUAUGAACAGCAGAAAGUACUGCAGGGGAUCCCAAUACGUUUUUGCAACAUCAUCAAGAAAUCGUUUGCUUGUGGCUGUGAUGAGAUUAAUGCAUCAGCUGUUGAUGAAAUGUGAGACAGCUAGUAGGCGCCUGACUCUACGCUGCACUGGAGCAAUUUGUUGCGCCCGAGAGGUUGAGAGUUAUUGCUUACCAUACACUCCAGUAGUACAUGUGCUAUCUCGUGAUGAUGAUGUAAUGGCCCUUUUUUGUGCUACUACCCAAGGCAUUAUACCCCACGAAGUACAUAGAAAUCAAUAUUGCUAGCUUACCUCGUGAAAGCUCGCCUGAGCUGUUGGAGGGUGCGCCCCUGUGCCACCGCAUGCUAUAAUUUUCCAGCUCAAAGUUUGGAAUUCGAAGGUGAAACAUGAAAUAUUUUCCAGCUCAAAGUUCUCAAAUCUGAGCAGAGAUGUAGGAAUUUUCAGUUGAAAGGUGAGCAGGCCGAGAGCUGGAGGGAAUAACUGCACACUCUGUUGGUAGAUAGCCGUUAGCCGCUAAUUAGACAGUUUGCAAGAUUGCACAGACUUGAUGUUCAGCUUUUACCUACGACUGACGGAAUCGAAACACACCCACAAAGCAAACCAAGUUCGGUUGGAAUUGAUUCAAGUUCACGCCGCAGGUAUGAAACUCUGGAAGGUAACCGUACAAUGCACUACAACAGAUUACAGGUCUCUAAUCUCUAAUCUCUGAGUAACCACUUGGCAAAGAUAUUAUGAUACGCGUAACGCGGAUUAAACUAACCAUCCGUUGAUGCCCAAGGCCCAAGGGAGCAUGCAGCAGGUCAAAGGUGGCCAACGCCAGCUGCCACCAACAAAGAAAACGACGAGGCGAUAUUGCGAGCAAGAGCAACUACCACUGCCCUCCUGUCCUCGUUAGGUUGGUAGGAGCUGUUCCUGCCCCUCUUCCCGGCAAAGGCAACUUCUCGUAGAGGUGUAGAGAAACAGAUUAUCUACACAGCUGGGUCUGGGUGCUCGCUGCCCUUUAGUUUGGGGGCUGUUCCGUUGCCGUGAGGUUCUGGGCCCAAUCAUAUAGCCAUCUCCCCGGGGUGCUUCGACCUCUGCCCUGCCGGCCAUCAUUUCCUUCUCCUCCCUGCUGCUUUCUCUCUCUCUCUCUCUCUUUCCUCUUGACAGAAAGAGGAAAGGGAGAGGGGAAGGAGCAAGGAACAGGAAGCAGGGCCCGGCCUCGUCGUCGUCAGCCUCUGAUCAAAUCAGCCCUUCCCCAGGCACAACAUGGCUGGACACGCCGUGGUGCCCAAGUUCGGCUCUUGGGACGCCGAGAACAUCGGCUACACCGUCUUCUUCGAGAAGGUGCGCGACAACAAGGGCGCACCGGCACCACCGGCGGCGGCCGCUCCCAAGGAGCACUACGAGAAACUGAGCAGAAAUGUGCCCUCGCGCCCGCCGAGCUCGCACGGCCAGCCGGCGGCUGUUCCUAAGGCGCCAGGCGGAUACGACUUCGACCCCUACGAGCACUACGAGAACCUAAGCAGGAACGUGCCCUCACGGCCGCCGAGCUCGCACGGCAGCGGCCACGGCCACGCCCCAGCGCCGCAGCACCGCGGCGGCAGCAACGGGUACCACCGGAGGACCGGGAGCAACGGCAGCAACGCCGCGUCCGAGGUCAGCAGCCGGGGCAGCAAGUUCUCACCGCCCAAGCCGUACCAGCCCAGGUACAGCAGCAACAACUACUACUACCACCACCAGGCGCAGCAAGGCGCCGGCGCCGGCGCCGCGUACGCCCACGCCCAGUACCACCACCACGGCGCGCCGGCUGCUCAGAGGGCGGCGUCCGCCUCGCCGUCGCCGCCGUGCCACCACGUGCCGCCCCCGCGGAGCCCCAAGGCGUCGGCCGUGCCCCGGUUCGGCGUGUGGGACGAGCAGAACGCGGCGAUGGCGGCUCAGGGCUUCACGGUGCAGUUCGAGAAGGUGAAGCGUCACCGCGAGGAGGCCAGGACCGCCGCCGCGCCGCCCGUGCCGCCGCAGCUGUCUUCGGAUCGUCACGCGGCAGCGCCGGAGCGGCGCUACCGGCAGAGGAAGUCCAAGAAAUCCUUCCUGUCCAAGUUGUACAGGUGCAUGUUCCCAGUGGUCAGAGAGUGAGUGAGUGAGGCCACAGCUGGGUUAAUUACUAGUAAUCAGUUAAUCACACCUUAAUAACCACUCGAUCGUAUACGUAUUCUUCGACAGAACUGUAUUCUACUUGAAGAUUUGUUUGUUCUUGGUUCAUUAUGUAUAAACUCCAGGCAUGAAUCACACGACAAAAUCAAGUUGGGAUACACGUAUUAACGUGC